AUGAAGCAGCUAGCAGCUUGGUAUCAGAAAAAAAUAAGUUCGUACGACAAGGAAGAAUGGGAGACGAUGGUGGAACAGCUGCUGAUGCGCGGCACCUACCGCCGGCGCAUCGUCGACUUCUCAUCACACGCGCGCUCCUACCUCAUCGAUGUUGACUUAGUUAGAGGGUCAUCAUUCCCAAAAGCAAAGCCGACAUUGAGUAUGCGUCGCGUGAUAUGGUACGCUCUAGUCCGACUAUUAUUCCUACCCGUGCUGUACCAAUGGUGGACGCAACAAACCUCACCAGCCUGCGCCAAGUUCCUCCUCACUCUCUGGCUCAUGCAAGUCCUCAACAUCACCAUAUACUAUAUGACACCAGAGACCAUUGACAAUGACCCGAACUGUUGGUUAGUGCCUCUGGGUUUGAUGUUGGUGCUUAGUAUUGUGCACUCACAGAUAGUUAGUACGACUGAAAUGGAACUGGCUCGCGUGAGGCCACGGGCCACAUUCCGACGCAAAUUACCGAGAUAUUUCAGGCGACCUAGAUCAGAUUGCGAUGGUGGUAGCGGUGGCGGUUCAGCCGAAAGUGGCGCCACCUCGAGUCAGAGCAAGACGCCCACUUCUAAACCUGCAAAGUUUCGACGGAGACAAUCGCGCACCGAAAUCGCUGAAAAUGGUCUCAGAAAACGUAAAAAGGAGCUGACAAAAGAGAAUCUGAUAAAAAAUUUAGAGCCUGUUAAAAAUAAAACAAUAGUGAAAAUGAAGGCUAAAGACUCGGAUGAUGAAGACUAUAUGGUUUGGAAGAAGCCUGAUGCCACGGCACCUAUCGUGACGUUCACGCCGCCGCCAGAGGACGCUACGCCUAGCACCUCCUUCCGAUACAAACAUAACGCGCUUACUAAGAAACAACUAGAAUCGUUCAACGUGAGACAGAACCAACAAAUGCUAGCUAGAGUCCUAGCCGACGGAGACGAUGGCUUUGAAAGCCUGAACGGGUACAAUUCCAACGGCAGCGAAGGUGAAAGAGUAAAACAUGAGACUGAAAACUUAAUCCAAAGAGAAGCUAAGAGAACUAACGCUAACGAACAAAAUAACGAACCUAAAGAGAACAAUAGUCCUGAUAAAUCAACUGAGACUUCUACUGAGACUGUUAAAAAUGAAGACGUAAUAAAAGACAAUGAUGAGACUGGAGACAUGAAGAAGGUCGAUAAUAAGUCUGAUGCGGAUUCUGAUGGUAUUGCUGCUACAAGUAGUCCUAGUACCGGCAAACGAGUCGGAGUACGAUUCAGGAACUCCUGGGCUCAAGACGGCAUACGUCUACAAGAAACGAGCGAUGAAGAUUUCACCGUCCAUAAGAAGAAGGAAAAGAAAUUUGACAAUUACCAGUCAUCGUCAUCAGACGGGGAAUGCUCGGCGUCCGCUCCAUCCAUCGCCCUACCAUCCCACCAUACCAUGUCUGAUUGGGUUGGCCAAACUACUAACAGUGAGGAAAGUAGUUACGGUUCCCAGUCGGAAGGCGGGCAUUCAGAUGUUGGUUUUUCUUAUACGGCUGACAGUUCCUGGGACCCUUUCGCUAUACUCGACCCGACUAGUGAUACAGUAAAAUGUACGAUGUGGGAGCGUGGUUCAACCCUUCGCGCGGAGUUAUCAGCUGUGGACAUAAGUUGGUACGUGGUGGCGCGCGCCGAGCGAGCCAUGGCGGCCGACGGGUGUCUAUGGGCCGGACUCGCUAUGGCCGCCGCAGUAGCACUCGUUAAACCUAUCAUACGGUUUGCUCAGGUGGCUGCGGAACUGGACAGUAGAACAGAAGAGGAACUGCAGGCGCUCUCCGUGAUCACUUACUUCCCGACGCUAGUGGCCAACUACAAGGGAUCGCUACUUUCUAUAUUCAUAGGGGCUUUUGGUGACAAUAUUUGGGUGGUAUCAACGAACCUGUUGUCCUGUAUGCUGCGUUUCGCGCUGGGAGCGCUCGUGUUCUUCCUGCUGGCCGUGGCGGAGCGAGCAUUCAAGCAACGGUUCCUAUACGCCAAGUUGUUCUCACAUCUCACUUCAGCACGACGAGCCCGCAAAUCUGAACUACCACAUUUCAGACUUAAUACUGUGAGAAAUAUCAAGACGUGGUUGUCUACACGGUCUUAUUUGCGACGCCGUGGGCCCCAGCGUUCUGUGGAAGUAAUCGUGUCAGCCGCAUUCAUGCUCAUUGUAGUAUUACUGGGUUGUGUCAGCACACAUCUGCUAAGGUGUAAUAAUACUCAGGACUCAGUGACGUUAGAGAGCGGCUGGCUACUGGAAGUGCUACUAUGGAGCUUCUGCAUCGGCAUAUAUUUGCUACGACUUGGCACUUUGGGUAGCAAUGUGAACAAAAAGUACCGCGGCUGUCUCUCCGCCAUACUUACUGAACAGAUCAACCUCCAUCUUGCCAUAGAACAGAGGCCAGAAAGCAAAGAACAACUCACUGUCGCAAACAACGUGCUUAAAUUGGCUGCUGAUCUACUGAAGGAAUUGGACGCGCCCUUUAAGAUAUCAGCGUUAUGCGCCAACCACUACCUCUAUACUAUCACCAAAGUGGUCAUCUUAUCGGCGUUGUCAGGCGUGCUCUCAGAGAUGCUAGGGUUCAAGCUGAAACUACACAAAAUCAAAAUUAAAUAA